CGGAUAACAUCUGAGAGAUUAUAUCUAAGUAUCCCAUCCCACCAAUUCAUUCUCCCAAAGCCCCAGAAAAGGAACAAGAAGGACAGUAAGAAGACAUGAGAGAUAUUCAAACUCAUGUGAAAAUCUUUUUCAUCUUAGUCAUAAUCGUAACAGCGUCAACAAGAGCACAAAAGAGUCCUCAUCAUGGAAACAACCAUGACCUCUCCAUCGCAAUAGAAGAAAUGGAGAAAGCAAACUACUUCUCUUUCGUGAUGCUUAUCAACAUGUUAAACUCCACAAACCCUAGAUUCUUAGCCAAUAUCACCUUCUUGAUGCCAAAGGACAAAACCCUUUCAAGAUCAAACAUUAUCCAACAAGAUUCUAUCUCCGAGUUCUUGCUUCGCCACUCGAUCCCUUCUCCUCUUCUUUUCGAGCAUCUUAAUCUCAUUCCCAAUGGCUCUAUUGUUCCGUCCUCUUUACCACAUUACACCCUCAAGAUCUCCAACGGUGGAAGGUUAAACUACUUUGUCAACAAUGUCAAGAUCAUAAGCCGCAAUAUUUGUACCCUAGGUACUAUCAAGUGCCAUGGCAUCGACGGUGUAUUACCAUCUCCAAGUGCUAUCAACGAUGAUUCUCCUCGGGGUUCACCUUUCAUUUCUUGCCCUAGCAGUGAACGCGAUAGUACUCAUCAUAACAAUAGUGAUCACAAUAGUUCUCGUCCUGAUGAUCAUACUCAUGAUACUCAUCAUGUUGCUCAUCCUCCGACCAUUAGCAGUCCGAGUCUUGUGCCAAAAUCAGAUUCUUCUACGAUUGGUGAGGGGUAUACGUCAGGUUUUAUCGUCCUUCUCGGAUUACUAUCGUGCGUGAUGGGCAUAGGAAUGACCAUGUAAAGUUUAACUCCGCGGACAGCACGGAUAACACCUACUAAUGUGUAAUAAUAGUAUUCACUUGUUAUAGUUUUUAUACAUAUGUGUAACAACAAGAAAAUAUGAUCUUUUUAUAUUCUGUAGCCAAUUCAAAUAUGUUUUUAAUUCUGAAAUUUCCUUCAAAAUAUAUAUUUUUAUAAAAUGCUUCGUAUUAUUUGAUUCA